AUGGCCAUCAUCACCACUUCUUCACGGGACCAUGAACUGGUCCUGUAUAAAGGACUCGACCAAACAGUAUGGUUCGAAAAGGCCAAGAAAUACUUGGGCAACAUCGGGGUGACGUAUCGCGAGGAAGUCAUUGCCGGAAGCAAAGGCCUCCAUGUCUACACUACUUCUGGUCACAAGUUCCUGGACUGGACCUCUGGCCAAAUGUCCUGUCUUCUUGGACACGGUCAUCCCGAGAUCGUCAAGGUGGUCGCGGACCAUGCGGCCAACCUCGACCACAUCUUCUCGGGUAUGGUCUCGCCACCUGCCAUAUCCCUUGCAGAGCGGCUCUGCGGGAUGCUCCCCCCGGGCCUGGACCGAGCCUUCUUCCUCUCGACUGGCGGGGAGAGCAAUGAGGCGGCCAUAAAGCUCGCCAAGACGUACACCGGCAAAUUCGAGGUGAUUGGUCUGGGUGCGAGUUGGCACGGCAUGACGGCGCAGGCCCAAGGCGUCCAGUAUCGCUACGGCCGCAAAGGCCAUGGUCCGAAUAUGCCGGGGAUGUUCGCCCUGCCUGCGCCCAACUCGUACCGUUCGACCUUUCGUAAGCCUGACGGUUCUCAUGACUGGGAAAGCGAGAUGAUGUAUGGGUGGGCCAUGAUUGACAUGCAGUCUUGCGGAUCUCUGGCUGCCUGCAUCGUUGAGUGCAUCCAAUCGUCAGCUGGGAUCCAUGUUCUCCCCGAGGGAUAUCUGAAGAGGCUGAAACAAGAAUGCGAGAAACGAGACAUGCUGUUGAUUGUGGACGAGGCGCAGACGGGCGUUGGGCGGAGCGGAGACCUCAUGGCUAUCUUUCACGAACAAGUGACGCCAGACAUUAUUACCCUCAGCAAAACCUUGGGCAACGGCCUUCCACUUAGUGCCGUCGUCACGAGUGCCGAGAUCAACGACACUUGCGCCAAGAGGGGCUACAGUAUGUACACUACGCAUGCUAAUGAUCCUCUGCCCUGUGCCGUCGGUGACAAAGUUCUGGAGAUUGUGGUGCGAGAUAAUCUUGCCGAGAACUCCAAGGCCAUGGGUAAGAUCCUGCACGCCGGCCUCCGUGAACUACAAGCCAAAUUCGACUGUAUUGGAGACGUCAGGGGCAGGGGAUUGAUGGCUGGAGUGGAAAUCGUGGCUGAUCGGAUGACACGGGUUGCUGACGUCGAUUUGGGCAAGGCAGUCGCUGAGAAUGCUUUUGCUCUAGGUCUAUGGGCCAACCUAUCAAGUGAUAGCUACUUUAGCGGAGCACUUAGAAUUGCAACGCCAAUUACUUCAGGAGAGGAAGAGAUCCGGGAAGGCUUGCGGAUUCUAGGUGAAGCUCUCGCGUCCACUCCAGGCACAAGACCUAUUUAG